AUGCCUUCUCAUACUUUAAACGACAAAGGUGACCUUGCCCCAAAUGAACACAACUCGACAAAUCCUCUCCAGCAUGAUUAUAUUGCCAAAGUACCAUGUAAAAUUGCCAAGACAAGCAAGUCAUGUGAUUCCAAAUGUUUCUUUCAUUGGAAGAGCUGUAAAAACUAUCAAAUGACUAGUACCACUCAAAGAGUGAACGCAUUGGUAUGGCAUGUACAACAACCACUCCAUUCAAAUCCCCAACCAUCCACCCUAAGGUGUUCGCAAAAGAACAUCUCUGCAAUGUGCCAUGAUACACUCAUUCCAAGUGUUCAACCAAUGACGUUGAACAACUCGACUUGUUCGUCUCCUUCUUUGGUUGUACUCUCCUCUGCACCACAACUCGUUACGAAUAGCAACACCUCUAACACUCUAACACAUCUCUUGUGUAAUAAGACAUCCAUAAAUCCACUCACUCAACAACCCUCCCACCCACAUGCGUCAAAAUUACAAAAUAAGGUACAUAAACUCUCGCCUUCUUUGGAAUUCGUCCCAUUCAAGCUUGAAAGUCUACCACGAGAUUAUUCCCUUUCUAUAAGAGUUCUUCUAAAGGAACAAAGAUUCAAAGCACUUCUCUCCACCUAUUCAUCAUGUUAA